ACGAAUAGAGUCUAGCAAAACAACUAUAUUGGAUCUGAACUUCAUCUCUUAAAAAGAAGGGAGCUGUAAUGCAGGGCACAGGACGAAGAAUGGGAGAAAACCGGAAAAGACAACAGAGGCUUCGAAAUGGUCCACAGAUUCCUUGCAUCCGAGUUCCUUACUCUGCCUCUGAUACUCCAUUGAUGAAGGGCCUAACUCAAGGGCAACAGCGCUACUUUUAUAGCAUCAUGAGGAUUUAUGACUCCAGGCCUCAGUGGGAAGCUCUGCAGAUGCGCUACCUUCACAGCCUUCAGCACCAGCAGCUGCAUGGCUGUAUUACUCAACAGGAAGCCCUGUCCUGUGCCGCUGUACUUAGAGACUCAACCCGGAGAGCAGCAGCCAAGGUUGCAUCUCACAGACCUGUUCUCCAGAAGUCUUCAGCCAUGGUGGGAAAAUGUCCAUCAGCCCGACCUGUGGUUCCCCGCAGGGCCCGGAACACAGGGCACUGAUCCCUCAGAGGCAGAGGCCAUGCAAACAUGCUGAA